AAUUUUGAUAAAAAGUAGAAUUUCGUAAUCAGUUCCUUUGCUCCGUAUAUAAUAGGCACGGCGGACACUCGGCAGCUCCUAGACGUUCAGUGAUUGUUCAAUUCCGGACUGAUGAACACCGCAAUCACCGGUUCGCGCGCAAAGACUCACGUCGCGUCGCUGGGUCUCACUAUAACUGACGGGGAAAAUACAAGCUUGAGCGAACCAUGCGGACUUUCUACAAUCGUUUAGUGGUUUAGCUCGGAGAACGAUUCGAUGAUGGGGCCGUGCAGGCAGUGUAGAACGCGAGUGAUUUGCCACAAUUUGUGAGUGCCAUCUACCGUUGCAGUGGAAAAGUCCGUAGUUAUUCAGCGGCGAUCCGUUCGACGAGAACUGUAAUUUUCAUAUUUUUUCCCGUCUACAUACUUCGCCGUAAAGGACCGCACAACGAAAUCCAGCAAAUGGAGCGACGCGACGCAUAUGCGUCGCCGUAUCAUCCGUGUUGCCGGGCACCGACUUGAGACGCAGUCUAUCAAAACAACCACGAGGCUGUGCUAUGGUAGUGAUUUCCAACCUUUAGUCCCAAUAUACGGGAGAGAGAGAACAAAAAGGAAGAAGGAAGAAGUAUUUAAGAAUAAGAUUUAAAAAUAAAAUGGUGCUGAUACGAACAAACAAACUGACCCCGACUAGUUACACAUAAUCGGCCGCAACAUGUUUACUUCUGACUGGCGGCACACAUUCAUUCCAUGGCUGAUACAGUGUGAGAAUCGAUUUUUGGGAUGUGUUAACGAACUGGCGAACUAUGAGGCAAUGCCCGAUGGCCCUAAGCUAACGGUGCAGGACCUGGAGCGGGACGGCGGAUACAGCGAAGACUCAACUGCCGCGCCAGUAUUCACAAGCUUCGUGCUCGAAGCUACGGAACGAAUCCAGACCGAGGAUAAUAAAGAAAAAUUAACAUCAUCCACAUCUAAUGGUGACCUUUCGACCCGCACCAAAUUGAUUGGCUAUGUGAUAUUCUUCUACUCAUACUCAACAUGGCAGGGUAAAGCCCUCUUCCUAGAAGACAUCUAUAUAAGACCAGAUUAUCGCAAAAAGGGUUACGGCGAUCUGCUGUUCAAAGAGCUCGCCAAACACGCCCGGGACAGUGGCUGUGUGCGGAUUGAUUUUCACGUGCUUGCCUGGAAUCCGGCUAAAGAGUUCUACAAACGUUUGGGCGCCGAGAAUCUGACCGCUGGCGAGCAAUGGGAACUAUACCGGUUGACUUACGACAAGUUCGCCGAUCUAUGUGAAGAUUAGUAGUUGAUGUGUUUCGAUACAACCUAUCUGAAUAAUUAAUAGACUGCGAUUCCCGAUAAUAA